UCAUCACUCUUGCAUGCAGACAUCCAGCCUCUCUCCCGCUGGAAGGCUGUCUUAUGUGUGUGUGUGUGUGUUUUGGCUGUGAUUGGAUCCUCCGGUGACUGACAGGGAGAAGCGAGCAGGUCCGAGCACAGACCGACACAUGUCAUCUGCGACCAUGCAGUCCGCAAAAAUGAAGAAGGACGAGUCCUUUCUCGGGAAACUAGGAGGAACCCUUUACCGGAAGAAAAGAUCUAAAGAAGUGAGUGAUCUACACGAAGAGGGGAAGAAUGCCAUCAAUGCACCUCUGCUUCAUCCAGGCACAGACAUCUACCCAGAGGACACCCUGCUGGAGGAAAAUGCCGAAAGGAUCAUUUUGGACCCUACAUCGAGGGAAAAUCUUAAAUUUAAAGAUUUAUUAAAGGUUCUUAUUGAUUGGAUCAACUCUGAAUUGGAGGAGGAGAGGAUCAUAGUCAAAAACCUGGAGGAGGACUGCUAUGAUGGACAAGUGCUCCAGAAGUUAUUUGAAAAGUUGUCUGGCAGGAAGCUGAACGUAGCAGAGGUGACCCAGUCAGAGAUUGGCCAGAAGCAGAAACUUCACACUGUUUUGGAGUCUGUGAAUGAGAUGCUGAGACCUCAUGGCUGGACCAUUGAGUGGAAUGUAGAAUUGAUUCAUUCAAAGAACGUGGUGGCCAUCGUUCACCUGCUGGUGGCUCUCGCGAUGCACUUCCAGGCCCCCAUCAGACUUCCCGAGCACGUCUCUGUGCAGGUGGUGGUGGUCAAGAAACGAGAGGGCAUCCUGCAGACUGCUGUCGUGACGAAAGAGCUGACGAGCACCACAGAAAUGAUGAUGGGAAGAUUUGAGAGGGAUGCCUUUGACACUUUGCUGGAUCACGCACCUGACAAACUCAAUGUGGUGAAAACGUCACUCAUCACCUUUGUGAACAAACACCUGAACAAGUUGAACUUGGAAGUUACUGAACUUGAAUCGCAGUUUGCUGAUGGUGUCUACUUGAUUUUAUUGAUGGGGCUGCUGGAGGACUACUUUGUUCCCCUCUAUAACUUCUUCCUCACCCCCGAGAGCUUCGAACAGAAGGUUCACAACGUGGCAUUUGCAUUUGAACUGAUGCAGGAUGGAGGCCUGAAGAAACCCAAAGCCAGACCAGAGGAUGUUGUCAACCUCAACCUCAAGUCCACCCUCAGAGUCCUCUACAAUCUGUUCACCAACUACAAAAACACUGAGUGAACCUUUCCCGGUUUUAUUCCGGAUAUUACCCCAAACAUUGUGCCUGUGCCGACAUUGCUGCAGUUCGGACACUGGAGGAAACCACCUGGGACUGAAAAUGCAUCAUGUACAACUUUAAAAAGAUCCAGGCGGGUUUCGCCAGAAUAAGGCUUUGAAUGUUAGCAUUUAAAUGUCAGUAUUUAUUCCAUUCGCUGAAGUUAUCUGCAUCGCUAAACGCACUUCAACCUUUAGCUCUGUAUCUAAACCCUGCUGUCGCGGGAAAAUGGUAAAGUUGUAAAACGCUUGUGUGUAAAUUUGGCUAAUUACUUUUUACCACUUAAUAUUUUGAUUUGACAGUGUUGUUAAAAUGAUAUAGUAUUUCCACAAACUUUCUAUUAAUAAUAAAGUAAUAGCUGGAGAUUUUGUGACAAAUGCUUCUUUCUUGAAAAAAAAAAU